AUGAAACUUAUUGAAACCGAUUCGUGUGAGAUCGUGAUACGUGUGUUCAACAGCAUGUCUUCGUCGUCGUUUUCCAGUGCCGAUCUACCUUGGAACAGUAGAAACACAGACAGUACCAGUUAUGAACGUCAAAUAAUUUUGCAAGAAUUGAGUCCUAAAGAAUCAAGUUUGCAACAUUUUAAAUCAGGUUUAAAUCUUGAAGUACUCAGUCAGUCAUUAAGAACAUAUUUCAAACCAUUUGACACGGAUAAACAAAUAUUUUUGUUUAAAAACAUAUAUUUCAAAUGUUUUAAGAUUAUGAAAGGCGAUUAUAAUAAAAUUAAACAUAUGAUGGAUCAAAUAACUCGGGAAGUACAUACCCGGGUUGAAAAAAUUCAAAAAAGUUCAAAUGACAAGCGCAAACCAACAAACAACAUAAAAUUGAAUAAUGACGGAAAGUGUGGCAAGAAAUUGGCCAAGAUUCAUGGCCAUAAAUGUAAUAAAAAAUACAAAAAACUUCUAAGAAGCUAUGAUCCGAUACUAAACGACAAAGAACUUGUAAAGGCAUUAUCUGAUCCAGAUGAUAAAAUCAGAAGAAAUUAUAAAAUACCAUUUGAUUUAGGUGCUAAAAUUUCAGAUAAAGCUAAUAACCGUAGUGUUAAUGAUAAAUCUGAAGCUUCUUCUGCUUCUACUUCUUCUCUUCCAAAUGUGAUAAAAGCUCCAAUUGAACGAAAUGUCAAUAGUUCUGAAGGGAUAUCGCUGAAAAUGCCUAAUCUUACAAAAAGCGGCAAAGAUAAUAAUAAAUCAAUUAUUGAAAUAUUACCUGAUGAUAAUAACCAUAACAAACAACCAGCCAUUUCUGCUGAUUCUAUUGAAAUCAGUAGAAAUGAAUCAAAUGAAGCAUCAUCUUCCAAAGUUGAAUUUGUGUCCAUGUGUCUAUCUCCAAAAGUCACUAUUUACCAGUAUCGGUGUGAAAAUAGUACAGAUUUUUUAAGACUGAAAAAAACUGUUUUCAAGCAUGAUCCUUCCAGUUCUGACACUUUUAAGAAGUUGGUUAAAAUACUAAAAAAAUCAUUCAAUUUUGAGUUACCAAGAGUCUCUAAAAUCAUUUAUAAGUGGCACAGUUCCAAAAUGCAAGUUAUUCAACAAUUGCUACAAGAAAUCUUACAAACAAUAAAUCAGACUAAAAACAAAAUCAUACAUUUCAUGACAUUUUUGAACCUUUUAUUUCAUAAAUCUGUUAAUACUUAUUAUUUGUCUAUAGAUGAACUGUAUUAUAGUUUCUUUAGUUUUGUAGAUUUUAUUAAAAGAUGUCUGUUGUCUCGUGUUAAUCCAAUAUUAAUGGAAUGGCUCCCUAUGGCGUGGACUAAUUGUUUUAAUUACGGUCUUAUUUUGGUUGAAUAUAUUUUAUAUAAUGAUUUAAAAAGAAUGAUUGAAUAUAAGAGUAUUCAUACUCUUUUGGAAUGGUCAUAUGUCCCAGAUAUUCAGAAGUUGUUUAAAAUAUUAUCAUAUGACAACAAGAGUCGUUCAGCAAGCAUAAUAUAUAUGUCUGAAAAUAUCAACAAUUAUAUGAAAGAACGAAACAUAUCAAAACUAGAACACCAAGAUAUACAAGACGAACCGCCUAAAAAAAAAAUUAAAUUAACUUCAGCUCAACAGAUGUUUCCACAAGCACAACAAUCAGCUGAACUUCCAGUUACAAUUAAAAACACUACCAGAGAAGCUCAAGUUAUAUUAAGUUCAAUUGCUUCAGUAAAUAUUGAACAUGCAUAUCAUUAA